AUGGCUCGAUUGAGGGCACGGUUGUCAGCCGUGCGGAGGUCGCGGCGAAACCAAUGCAGAACAGACCCGGGGAGCGUCAUAGUGGCGAAAGCGGAGCGAUGUGGCAUUAGAGGGAGAAACGGCAGGUAGUGGCUCUUUGGACGGGACUGCGAAGCCGCAGAAGGGGAUGUGGGGAAGCGGAAUUUAAAUCUUGGCAAAUUGCAGCUGCCGCUUCGGAACAUGAAGCGGCGUUGUUUGCAACCACUCACAGAGUGUACAAGUUGGUACCCCCCAAAGUUGAACGGAAUAAAAAAAUAAAUGAGAAAACAUCUUCUGCA